GAUUGCACACACACUCACACACACUUACACACACACUCAUGCAAGCACACGCACGCACACACAGAGGAGCGUAGCUGAGAGGCAAGGACUGCAGCAGCAUGCACCAACCGUGGUUGAGCUGCUCAGGGACACGAGGAAGGGGAACUGAGGAGAGAAAAUAGUGUGCUAUCUCACACCAGCCUGUGCGUGCAUCUUUGCAGCGGUGGGAACGAUGCAUUUCAAGAGGGGAUAGCUUAUGUUAACCGGCCUCCUCUGCACUGCCUCUGCAUCCCAUUCACCCUGCUCCUCCCACUCAAACUCUUCCUCCUCCUCCUGUCUAGAGCAUCAUUAGACAGGACUACAGAUUGACCAGAACUGGCGAGCGGUGGAUGGUCAGGUUUGCCCCGGCUGAAAGAUUCUUCAGUGGCUAUGCUACAUCUACACCUUGGCUGAAGGCUGGAUUGUAAUCAGCAUUUGGAGGGAGAAGAUAACCGACAACCUGCAAGAAAUCUUGGAUGUGUGUGUCAUUUUUUACCAGUGUUGUCAUUGGCGCAUUUCCUCUAUUUCACUGGUUGUUUUUGCCUUCCCUGAGACUGGCUAGCAGGCACUGCAGCAUCAGGACCGCAAGACCCAUGAAGCGGUAGGGCAUGAGGACCCAGGGGCAACCCAAAGGAAGGGCUUGAGUGCUUCCAUUGCUACCACUGCUGCUGAGCUGAGUGAUUGGGACAGCGGGUGGAAGAGAAGAUGCUUAUGGCCCGAGACACGGCGCGGGAUGAGGCUCAAAAGCUACACAGGAAGUGGCUGAAGCACCAGGCCUUUAUGGCAGAGCUGGCCCGCAAUAAGGAAUGGCUGGCCAAGAUAGAACAGGAGGGUCAGGAACUGAUCCAGGAGAAGCCGGAGCUGCGUUCAGUCGUUCAGCAGAAGCUGGAGGAGAUCAGAGAGUGCUGGUCCGACCUGGAGAACACAACCAAGGCCAAGGCCCGCCAGCUCUUUGAAAAUAACAAGCCUGAGCCAGCUGUGAAGAGCUACUCAGACCUUGACCACCAGCUCUCCCACCUGGAGCAGCAGCCCCCCCAGCUGGAACAGGCGCACCAUCUGCCCACCUUCAAUGAGCAACUCCAGAAAUUUCAGGCUAUGGAGUCUCAAAUAGGGGACUUUUACAAGGAUGUGGGAGAGCUGGGAAGCUUGCAGGGGGUCUGUCUACCCCAGCGAGGGCUGAUAGCAGGUGACAAGGAGGGCAGCGAGCAGUCAGGCAUGGUAGAGACCCGCAUCGUCCGCCUCAUUGAGCCCCUGAAGGAGAGACGCCGCAUCCUGCUGGCUUCCAAAGAGAUGCACCAAGUCGCCCAAGACCUUGAGGAUGAGAUACUGUGGAUUCAGGAAAGGCUUCCCUUGGCCUCCUGUAAGGAUUAUGGGAAUAACCUCCAGAGUGUACAGCAACAUGUUAAAAAGAACCAGACACUCCAGAGGGAACUGACAGGACGACGGGCCCGUGUUGAGGAGGUCCUGGACCGGGCAGGGAUCAUCGCUUCGCUGAGGACUCCUGAGGUGGAGUUUGUGCGUGAAGGGGCGGGGCAUGUGCGCCAGCUGUGGGAGGUUUUACAGUUGGAGACAGAGAGGAGGUCCGUAAUGCUGGACGCUGCACUGCAGGCUCAGCAGUACUACAGUGAGGCAGCUAAAGUGGAGUCCUGGCUGUCAGGUCAGAAGCUCCAACUGGUCAAUGAAGAAAAAGGCACGGACGAGGCGAGCACCCUGCAGCUGCUGAAGGCCCACCUGGCUCUGGAGCAAACAGUGGAAACUUAUGCAGAGACAGUAGGAAUGUUGUCCCAGCAGUGUCAGCAUCUGCUGGAACUUGGCCACCCAGAAAGUGAGCAGAUCACCAAGCAGCAGUCCCACAUAGAUCGGCUGUACGUUUCGCUGAAGGACAUGGUGGAGCACAGGAAGAUAAAGCUGGAGCAGCAGUACUGGCUCUAUCAGCUCAACAAGGAUGUGGAGGAGUUAGAGAAGUGGAUCACCGAGCGAGAGGCGGUAGCCAGUUCUACCGAGCUGGGCCAUGACCUUGAGGAUGUGACGGUGCUACAGGAGAGAUUCACCAAGUUUGCCUCAGAAACAAACAGCAUUGGUCAGCAGCGCAUGGAGCAGGUGAACAAAAUGGUGAACGAGAUGAUCGACUGCGGGCACUCUGACGCAGCCACCAUCGCUGAGUGGAAGGAUGGACUGAACGAGUCCUGGGCCGACCUCCUGGAGCUGAUGGAGACCCGCAGACAGAUGCUGGCAGCUUCUCACCAGCUGCACAAGUUCUUCACUGACUGCAAAGAGGUCUUGGCUCAGAUCGCAGGGAAGAUGAAGCAGCUGCCAGAGGUGAGGGCAUGCCAAGCCAACAUCACCAAUCCAGCCACCCUGCAGAGACUCAUGCACUCCUUUGAGCAUGCCCUUCAACUGCUAGUUGCACAGGUGAGGCAGCUGCAGGAGAAUGCUGCCCAGCUGAGAACCAUCUAUGCUGGUGAGAAAGCUGAAGCCAUCAUGGUGAAAGAGCAGGAAGUGAUGGAGGCAUGGAAGGAGCUGCUGAGCUCUUGCGAGGCCAGUCGCGUCCAGGUCACUUCAGUAACUGACAAGGUGCAGUUCUUUUCAGUGGUGCGUGAAAACCUGAUGUGGAUGGAAGGCAUCAUGGGCCAGAUAGGAUGGGAUGAGCCAAGGGACUUGACAGCUCUGGAGGGGAUGAUGAAACAACACCAGGAGUUGAAAAUCAAAAUAGAUGGCCGCAGCAAGACCAUACAGCAGUGUGCAGAUCUUGGCAAGAUCCUGAUAGCUGCAGGAAACCCUGCAUCGGAGGAGAUACAAGAGAAGUUGGACAGCCUUCUUGCUAAGCAGAAGGAUCUUGGUGAAAAAUGGGAUAAACACCAGGAAAAGUUACAGCGCAAGCAGGAAAGGUUCCAGUUUGCCCAGGAGACGGCAAAGGCAGAAUCCUGGCUGAAGGCCAAGGAGCCACUGAUCACCUCCAAGCAGCCAGAAGGAGGAGAGGCCCAGGCCCAAACAGACGAGGUUGAGCAGCUCAUCCUUCGCCAUGAGGCCUUCCGCAAGGCUGCUGUAACCUGGAAAGAACGCUUCAGCUCUCUCCGCCAGCUUUCCGCAGCUGAGAAGAAAAAAGAGGAGGAGAAAAAGACGACCCCACUCUCCAGCCGAAGGAUGUUCCCAUUAUCUUGUCUGACUCCCAGUGUUCCCUCAACCAGUGCUACCUCAUCUUUCUUGAGGCAGACGGUACAGGCACAUAUAGAACCCAAACCCUUACAGACCAGUCUGGAUCUGGGUGCCAUCCCUCCAACCCAGAGAUUGCCCUCAACCCUAGCUAGCUACAGCCCGGUUACAAAUGGAUCAGGCUACCCUGGACUGGAACAACAGUGCAGUGGAAAGUUCGUGGGCUCCUCGUACCUUGGUAUGAACCACCCGGCGGCCGGAGGUGGAAAUGACUCCAGUUUCUCAGCACUGACCUCCCACAGUGGUGGAGCAGACACUUCUAAUUACAUUGUGAUAAACCAUCAAACUGCUGGCAGUGCUGAGAACUCUGGGUACUUUGGACUGACUUCUGGGUGUAUUAGUGGCAUGCAAAACCAUCUAGGCAGUGGCAGGUUAGGAAGUUCAGGUAACCUAGCUCAGCAGCCAAGCUGUGGAGUUAUAGGAAGCCCUGGUUUUCUGCCUCAGCAGAAUAUGGGCAGUUCUGGAUAUUUGUCCCAGUCACAAAAUAUGGGAAGUUCUGGAUACCUGGGACAGCAGCCUAAUUUAGGGAGUACAGGAUACUUGGCACAACAGCCCAAUAUGGGGAGUUCUGGGUAUUUGGCACAGCAGCCUAACAUGGUGAGUUCUGGAUACCAAGUGCAGAAUUAUCAAAGCAGUGGGGGGAUGGGUAGCUCAGGCUACCUGGCACAAAAUCAUUACAGUAGUGGAAGUUUGGGUAGUUCUGGUUACCUGGCACAGAGUGGUGGCAUCAUGGACCCUAAAAUGGCAUAUGCAUGGCAGCACCUGAAAGCUGACUUCAUGCAGCCCAGGAUUAACCACAUCCACAAGGCUGUAAACCCCCUCCUAGAAGCCAGUAGAGUGCAGCGGGAACAAUUUGGUGAAAUCCCAAUGGCAGACAUGAUGGGGCCAGAGUCAGGGCUGGAGCUCCUCCAUGGUCGUCUCCAGAGGGAUCCUCGUGGCAGUCGCUCUGAUCCUCAGAUGGACCAUCUGAGAAGAGAGAGAGAAUAUAAGCUGGGUAGACAGACCUCCAGCGAACAGGAGAUCCAGGCCAGGCUUAAUGAGCUGCCACUGAUUGUGCGUCAGGAGCGGUACCGGAGACGCCUGGAGAGGCAGUCGUCCAGUGAACAAGAGGGCAGCAGCAAGCAGAGGCUGCAGAGGCAGGACUCAAGUGACCUGGAGGGCUCUGUUAAGGAGGGAUCUGACAAACGCUCAGGGGAGAAGAGAUCUACCAUGGCAGAAAUUGUAGAACAAGUUCAGGAGAGAGAAGCGGCACAUGCACGAGGAGAGCCUUACCGGCCUCCUAGCAGCCUCUCAGCACCCGUGACUCGUUUUGACGGGCGACCUCGUGCCCGAGACCGUCCCAAACCAAGGAGGAGGCCCCGUCCAAAAGAGCCUGAGGAGACACGCCGUUCUCGCUCAGCCCCAGCUACCGGUGCCCCAACAACACCUCAGCCACCUUCACACACUGCCCACAAUGAAGGCUUCCUCUACCGCAAAAAGGCCACCACCUCUGACCUUGAGGCACAACAGAGAAGCCCAAACAGCAAGUCCUGGGUGAACGUAUACUGUGUGCUGAAAGAAGGAAAGCUGACUUUCUACAAAGACGCAAGAAACCACAACACAACGUACAAUGAAGAGCCUCCUGUUGACCUUAGUAACUGCUCAUUUGAUCCUUCAAUGGGAUACAAAAAGAAGAAAAACGUAUUCAUUCUUCAAAUGAAUGAUGGAAACAACUUUGCAUUCCAUGCAAAAGAUGAGGAGGACCUGAAGGCUUGGACCUCAAAUAUCACCACCUGUAUAGCUGAGCAUGAGGCCAUGGCCAAGUGGGACAAGCCAGGCACCUCGUCCAUGGACCCCGACCACUCGGAAAGGAAGGAGAAGUCAGAGGGGGACGCAGACGCCAGGUCAGAGAGGUCCGAGCAGGAGAGGUCAGAGAAAGGGGAAGGCUCUGAGAAGUUAGACACGUCAGAAAUUGCCGACAAAAUGGAGGGCGGGGCGGGGGGCUCCAGUACGUCUGGAAAGAGCAAAUGAGGAGCCCCUUUUGUGUUUUAACAUCACUCACUGACUAAAGGAGUAGGAGGUUGUGGGUGGGAGGGAUGGAUGGAGAGCAUGUGCAGCUAGGUUUGCAGAUCCUCAGUCACAGAGCUGGAGCACACUGAGGCCACGGUCCUUGGACUGACUAAUGUUACUGUGACAGACUAAUCUCUCAGCCCCUCCCCUUCACCCGGGCAAUACAUCAGUGCUUGCAUUGUGCCACCUUGCUGGUAGAUAGGAGGUUGGCCCAGACAGGCAGACAGACAGACAGACAGACAGACAGACAGACAGACAGACAGACAGACUCCAAGUGGUCCCAGGAAUUAGCCACUGUCACAUCCCAUCAUCGAUUGUUUAAUCUCUUGGAUUCACAGCAUCUUUCUGUAUGUAUUUUUGACUGAUAAUGUAAUGCUCUGUCUAGCUAGACAAACCCAAGAAGUGGUGAAUGAAAUGUUUCACAAUAUUAAAAGAGAAAACAAGUUUUUUGAAGCAAUAUACUUUUUUAUUUCUUCUCUUUGUUGAAGAGAGAAAACAGAAAAAGGAAAGGAGAAAUAAUUACAAAUGAUUUGUCACAUCCACAUAAGCUUACUCCAGGCAGUUGUGCACCUUAGACACAUCUGUAUACUAAUCAUAAUGACAUUUAAUCCCAUCACAUGGCUAGCUUUGAAUCAUCUUAAUAUAAUGGAAUGCUGGUGUUGCCCACCUGACUUCAUUGGUGUCAAUGGAUACACUUUUCUACAGUUUCUUUUUAGUUUGGAUUAUGAUUAUUGUUGUUAUUAUUUGUCUGCAAUGAUCCAUGUCAAGAAAAGAACUUUCCAUCAAAUUCUAAUCCAUUAACCCAAGGUGUGCCCAAAGUGGCAAUGCUCAGAGCGAUACUAAGCCUAUGUGACACAAUGCCUUUGUAUACGUGACAAAAAUCAGAACAUUGCAUGAAAUAGUCUAUUAGUGCACCUGGUAAACUUGCCUUUAUUUUUAUGUUCUUGAAAUAAUUUGGGCUGUAUUGGAAUUGCAAUAAUUUAAUGUGAGUGUGUGCAGGAUGGACUUUGAUAUGAUGGUACCCUUCUGAAAAUCCAGAGGUAAGUUUGAGGAGGGUUGUCUUCUAUCCACAGUAAGCAUGAGGUGAAAGAAGUGUAUUUUUAUUUUUUAUUUAUUUACAUGGGGGUGGGGGGGCUAAACCAGAGAAGUGACUACUCUUUGAUCUGUAACAUGACUUAAGAAGCCAAAUGGCCCCUUUGCUGUUUGUACUGUAUUAUUGCAAUUUAUUUUCCACUGAAUGUACUGAUUUCAGCUGUGAAAUGUUCAAUCACCACCGAACUUGUGGUGCCCAAAAUUGUAAAAACCCCGAAGCAGUUCACUGAGAGUUAACCUCUCUGUACCCUGUGUCUCUCAUUUCAAGUUCAAACUGAAUAGAAUCUCUCCAUCAAAAGCAAGUUAAAUGUAAAACUGUCAUGAUUCAAGUCAUGAAUUGUAUAUACCUAUCUUUGUAUGUAUACCAAUAAAUCCUGUGCUCUAAUAAAACAAUACUCUGAACUGAAAUGGGUAAAAUUAAAACAUUUGUAUUAAUCCACAAAUAAAAAAAACAAUCAU